AUGAAGGUACCAGAGGAGGAAUCGAUGAGUGAUAUUCUGAAAAGGUUAACUGGCGAGUCUGCGCUGCCCGUGUACAGCAACAUCGAGAAGUUCAAGCGGGGAAGGGACGGCUUGUACUUCGUUGCCGAGGACUUCAGCGAAACUGUGAAAAAGAGAGAAUUGGUCAACGCCAAGGAGCGACUGAGAAUCAGGAACUUGAAUACCAUGUUUUCCCGCUUGAAACGCAUGGUGCCACUAAUGCGACCAGACCGAAAGCCCAGCAAAGUGGACACACUUAAAGCGGCGACAGAAUACAUUCGAUUGCUUGUGGCAGUUUUGCGGGACACCGACAAUGAUGAUGGCAGCGGGACUGAUUUCCUAAAGAAUGCAAUCACUUAUGGUCAGACUGAAGGCCUGGGCCAUGACCUGUGGCGAGUGGAUGAUUUGCUGAACAUGUCAGAGGAACGCAUUGAAGAUGGAUUCACAAUGCCUCGAGAACCAGCAACAGAAGACGGCGAUAUGACCCGGCUGGUGUUGCAACAUUGUGUGAUGCCUGCAUACCAGUUCAUCAUUCAAGUAGCGCCCGACCAGGCUUCG